AUGGCCUGGCAGCAAUCACCCUCGCCGGCGGCGGCGAACUCAUCGCCACCACCCGCUCCCACCACCGUAAUCUCUCUCGACGAAGAUCUCCUCCGCGAGAUCUUCCUCCGCCUCCCCUCCCUCCCGAGCCUCGUCCGUGCCGCCCUCAGCUGCCGCACCUUCCUCGGCGCCGUCCGCUCGUCCCCCGCCUUCCGCCGCAGCUUCCGGGAGGCCCACCUGCCCCCUCUCCUCGGCCUCUUCUUCGACCCCGAAGUGCCCUCCAUCCCCGCCUUCGCGCCCCUCCGCCGCCGCGCCGACCCUGACCUCGCGGCCGCCGUCCGCGGCGCCGAUUUCUUCCUCACCCGCCUCCCCGCCGACGACGACACCUUCCCGGGGUGGGCCAUAGAGGGCUGCUGCGACGGCAACGUCCUCCUCCAGAACUGCAGCCUGGAGCAGUUCGCCGUCUACAACCCCCUCGCGCGGGCCCUGGAUCUCAUCCCCGUGCCGCCCGACAAGAUCUUCGACGGCGCCCGCGGCGACGCCAAGUACCUCGGAUGCUACAUCCUCUCCUCCGAAGAGGGCGGCGAGCCGCUGCGCCUGGUCUACACCUGCCAUGACAAGUCGCGGGCGCGUGCCGCCGUCUUCUCGUCGGAGAGCAGGGAGUGGCAGAUCUUCCCGUGGUCGGAGGCUGUGACGCCACUGCCUGAAGACCAGCACUGGCUUAAAGUUGGCACGUUGGUGAAUGGGUUCGUCUACUGGAUACACACAAAUGAAGCCUACAUCCUUGUGCUGAACACAGCGACACUACAUUUCUCCCAGAUGGAUUUGCCGCCGACCUUGGUGGCGCGAGAUCUCAUAUUCAGGGUUGGCGAGACCAAGGAUGGGAAGCCUUGCAUUGUCUGCCCAAUUGAUUUCGAGCUUUUUGUUUGGGUCCGGGGAGCCGAGGAUGACGGCAUCGAGAGAUGGAUAUUUGACCAGAGGUUUCCGUUGGAGACGAUUGUCGAGGUCACCGAGAGUACACUUGUGGAACAUGGUGACCUGAAGGUUGUGGCCACUAUUGGUGGAUUUGUGUACUUCUCUACCAUGGAAACUUUCCUUGAUGGUCAUAAUCCUAGUUGGUUCAUGUCUCUAUGCAUGGAGACAGGGGAGCUGGCCACGCUCUUUCAGAGGAGAUUUGACGGCCAUCCCCAUCCCUACAUCAUGGCAUGGCCUCCUUGCUUGAUAGACAACCAGGUGCACCCUCAACUUGAAGGUGCUUGA